AUGCUGGUGUGUGCUGCCAUGGGACACCUCGAGACAGGCUACAGAGAAAGACCAGUUUUUUAUUCUUUGCCCUCCGUCCCGAGGAAGGCGGCAGGAGAGACAGAUUGGCUGCUUCAAGACCGCCGACUGGGCGCACAGUUGUGUCUGCCAAACAGUCGACUGCCCACAGUUGCAGUCACGCAAACUGUUACACGCGUUGAUUAG